AUGUCCUCAACGACUACAGGCUCCUCUUCAAGUGCCACUAGUACAGAUCGUAAUGGGAAGAACAACAGCUCAAGCCCUACUAGUUCGCCUCUACUAUUUUUCGUCGCCCUCGGGUUUGGUGUUGUUUUCACCAAUCUAUGGAUUAUCGUGGGGGUAAAAUAUUGCUUUCGAUAUAAUCAACGCAAUCGCCAAUUACGCAGUGAAGUGACAGGCGAGCCUAUAGAUCUGGUCGCUAUGCCACGAACACACCGAAGACGUCGAGAAAAGAAGUUGAUGACUAUGGACGACGUUAACGAGAGGUUUCCACUGACGAAGUAUAAAGCAUGGAGGUCAUCCCGGGAGAAUGAAGGCCUCUCUGGUGCAGGCGGGAUCUCGGCACCGAAUAGCCGGUCGCAAAGCCCCAAGGAUGAGAACUACAUGUUGUCCGCUUCGCUUGGCGCUCCUUCAUCCAUGGUGGCAUCGCCACUCAAAAGCCAUCAGCGGGUUGAUUCCAACACUUCGCAGGCCUCUGCACCACUAGAAAACCUGGAGACAACGCUACCACAAUCUGAAGAGAAGAGCCAGAGAUAUUCCGAGCCAAGCCCUACAAACAUCGGAGUAAACGACAACGCCAACAUAUCAGCCCCGGAGCAGCCCCGUAACCACGCGCUCAACCAUGUCAUCGUAGAGGAUGUUGGAGACCUGGAAGACCAUAUCCGCACCGCUGUACCUGCCGAUUUCCUGGCAAAUCCAGGGGAUACUUGUGCUAUAUGUCUCGAUACGAUCGAGGAUGAAGAUGAUAUACGGGGGCUUACAUGUGGACAUGCUUUUCAUGCGUCUUGUGUUGACCCAUGGUUGACAAGUCGACGGGCUUGCUGUCCCCUAUGUAAGGCAGAUUACUACAUCCCGAAACCUCGCGCAGAAACUUCUGAAUUGGCUCCUAGCUCAGAACGUCAAGGUCGACGGGGCAUGGCACGAGUGACACCUAUAAACCCGCCACAGGCUGUUUUUAUAGGUGGAAGAGUGAACUUUCUGCGGCCAACGUCGGGAUCCCCGGAGCAGCAUGUGCAACGGCGCCCGUUGACCCACAGAGCGGGCUUCUCUCGAUUGCGCCUUUGGCGAGCCUCUCAAUCUAACCACCAGCCCACAUCUCCUGUGCCUGAUACUUCGUCUGGACAGCCAGAUCGGAGGGCUCAAAGGCUAGCACUCUUCACUGCAUCCUACUUUCCCCUGAACUUCAGUCUCCGAGGUAAUCGUGCAUCGAGAGGACUUGCAAAUAGGAACGCAGACGUCCGACAUUCAGAAAACAACCGAUCGCUUGGGGAACUUGAAGCCGGACCAACUAUAUGA